AUGUCCUGGCAAUUCAAGCUCGCUUCCAGCGCGCGGGCGUCUCCGCUACGGGCACUGACCCGGCCGAAUGGUCUCCUAUAUCGCCCGGCCGCCCGCGGCGCUGCGGGGAGUCUCUCCGCUUGGUCAGAGCCCAUCAUGUCUCAGACCACUGUUUCCUACACCGCCAAGCGCACCCUGUCGGCGUACCAGACUCACAAGUGCCUGAACCUCGAUAACAUCAACCAGAAUGUCCGGGAGGCCAAGUACGCCGUGCGCGGAGAAAUUGCCGUCAAGGCCGAGGACUACCGCCAGCGCUUGGCUGAUGGCGAUAAGUCCCUGCCCUUCGAGAGUGUCAUCUUCGCCAACAUCGGUAACCCGCAACAACUCGACCAGAAGCCCAUCACCUUCUUCCGCCAGGUCCUCAGUCUAGUUGAGAACCCCCUGCUGCUGGAGAACCCCGAGGUCCUCAAGACCUCGUUCGGAUACAAGCAGGACGUUAUCGACCGCGCUCAGACCCUCCUGGCCAAUGUGCAGAGCGUUGGUGCCUACAGUCACAGUCAGGGUGCCCCGGGUAUCCGCAACAGCGUUGCGAAGUUCAUCGAGAACCGUGAUGGCUUCUCUGCCAACCCCCAGGACCUCUUCCUGACUGCCGGUGCCUCCUCCGGUGUCAGCACCCUCCUCAACGUCAUCUGCAACAACCCGAAUGCUGGCGUUCUGGUCCCCAUCCCCCAAUACCCUCUGUACACCGCGACUCUGGCGCUGCUGAACGCUCGCUGCGUGCCUUAUCUCCUCGAGGAGGAGAAGGCCUGGGGUACCGACGUCAACGCUAUCCUCAAGUCUAUUGAGGAUGCCAAGACCGCCGGUACCGAUGUGCGCGCCGUUGUCGUGAUCAACCCCGGUAACCCCACUGGAGCCUCUCUGAGCGCGGACGACAUCAAGAAGGUUCUUGAUGUCGCUGCCGAGGAGAGCUUGAUUGUCAUUGCCGACGAGGUCUACCAGACCAACGUCUUCAAGGGCGAGUUCGUCUCUUUCAAGAAGCGCCUGCGCCAGCUCCAGAAGGAGCAGCCCGGCAAGUACGAUGAUGUCGAGCUGGUCUCGCUGCACAGUAUCUCCAAGGGUAUGGUCGGCGAGUGUGGCCACCGUGGUGGAUACUUCGAGCUUGUUGGCUUCGAUCCCCUUGUUCAGGAGCAGAUCUACAAGCUGGUCAGCAUUGGUCUGUGCCCGCCGGUCGUCGCACAGUGCCUGCUCGAGUGCAUGGUCAACCCUCCCCUCAAGGGCGAGCCUAGCUUCGAGCUGUACAACCAGGAGUACAACGGUAUCUCCGAGGGUCUGCACAAGCGUGCUCUCGCCCUCUUCAACGCUUUCCAGCGCAUGGAAGGCGUUGAAGUCCAGGAGCCCCAGGGUGCCAUGUACCUUUUCCCCACCAUCAACCUCCCCGCCAAGGCCAUCGAAGCUGCCAAGGCAGAGGGCCGCGCCGCGGACGAGUUCUACUCCCUGGCUCUCCUUGACGCCACUGGUGUGUGUGUUGUUCCUGGCUCAGGAUUCGGUCAGAAGGAAGGCACUCUCCACUUCCGCACUACUUUCCUCGCCCCUGGUACCGACUGGGUCGAGCGCAUCGUCAAGUUCCACUCCGAGUUCAUGAACAAGUACCGCUAA